AUGAGAUUCUUCAUCAUCCUUCUUUUGUCUUUUUUGGCGGUCACUGCUCUUGGUAAGUCAAACUUACAGCCAUAUAAAACAUAUGUAUUAAAAAAUAAACGUUUGAAUAAGAUAUGGUAAGUUAAGAAUACAGUACCAUAAAAGAUUAAAAUGUCAAGUCGUUUUAAAUACUGUUCUUGUAAAGCUUAUACACUUUGAUGCCUUAUCGUCUCCAAAGCACCCUAAUUUCUAACUUUUGUUUAUAUUAAACUUUAUAAUACUCAUUUCUAGGAGCCGUCCACCACGGUAAGAAGCCAUCCCACCAUUCCCCAUCCCACAAGAAACCAGCUCACCAUCCUCCAGCUCACAAAGCCCCAGCCAAAGCCGGUACUAAAGCUCCACCUGGAACUGGUGCCACUUCAGCUGCCAAGACUACUGGUGCUGCUGCGGCUGCUACUACUGCCAAGGCUUCUUAG